AUGGCAGUUGUGGACCCAGCCGCCCUUGUGGCAGCAGCGGUCCGUGCUGCUUGCUUGGCCAAGGCCCCUCGUCGCACUGUGCAAGGCUUUGCAGCUGCAGUCGUCUCCGUCCUUGCGAGACCUGCAGAGUCGACACCGAACACUGUCCGAGGUGAGACUGCCAGAGGCACUGAGGCUUCUGUGGACGUCCUGGUGCAAAGCGAAGAAGAGAGGCGUGAGGCUGUCAAAGCCAAGCGCAGACUCAAGAGACAACGCAAGCGUGCAGCAAAGGCUGCUGGCCAUGCAAAGCAAAGCGAUCCGGACAGGCAGACAGGAGCAACUGGGGUUAUUGUGAAUGCUGCCAACAGUGCGGAUGCAGAAGUUACCUCGAGAAAAGCCCCACCGCCGAACGUUAGGGACACCACUGGCGAUACGCCCCCGGGCAAGCGCUUCCGUGAUGUCGCUUUGGCCUUGAGCAAGGAAGAUGAUGGCGGUGCGCAGGAGAGGGCUUUGGCUGCG